GUGGCUGCUUCCUCCUCUCUGCUGCUUUCACCCCUCUAACAGGAAGAGAGAGAAAGAACAGGCGAGUGAGAGAGAGAGACAGACCAAGAUGAAUUCGACCAGCAAGCAGAUCUGAAUUUCCAUUGACGUGUUUCCGCACAUUUUGAAAGCAAAUGCAAAAUACAAAGUAGAGCCCCCAAAAAAGAGGAGUUUCACAAAGGUCAGUGGCCGGUAUGGCAACCUACCAGCCUUGGUACCAUGGCAAUAUUACUCGUUCCAAAGCUGAGGACCUGCUUUCCAAGGCAGCCAAAGAUGGAAGCUUUCUUCUACGGGACAGUGAGUCCAUACAAGGAGCCUAUGCCCUCUGUGUGUUAUAUCAGAAUUGUGUGUACACUUACAGAAUCUUGCCAAAUGAAGACAAGAAACUCUCAGUGCAGGCUUCAGAGGGCGUGCCCAUCCGCUUCUUCUCAGUGAUAGAUGAACUUGUGGAAGAAUACCACAAGGAGAACCUCGGGCUAGUGACUCACCUGCAAUUCCCAGUGCAGAAGGAGGAGGAGCCAGAGGAGGAGUCAGAGCCAAUAAACACACCUCCCCAGCUGCCCCCGAGGAAUUUCAGUGGUGGAACUUCAGUCAAUGAUGCCAAAGAUUCCCACUGCGAUUCCUCCAAAGGCCAUGAGCACGUCUGGGCUUCCAUUUCUGACACCUUCAUGCAGAGACUGCAGCACGUAGACAUGUCUAACGUCCCAGAGGAUCACCUAAAAUCCAUCCAGGAGUACUGCCGCACCUCUGUGUGUCUGGAUGCAGAGCAAGUGCAGAAUGGGAACCCCAGCCUGCCCCACCUGAAAAAGUUAACUCUUGGUAUCUGCAAAAACUUAAACAGUGAAAUCUCCCGCACAUUACCUACCCUGGAGGCCUUUCAGAAAGUACUGGAUCAACAGCUUUCACCUGGAGGUGGACGUCUAAGGAGCCAGGUUUCUGCUGAUUCAAGUAUAUCUGUGUCAUUCAGGCUUGAGCAGCUGACCAAGCUUCUAUAUUCAAUAGAAGAAAAGGCAAGAAAUGCUGUGUUUGAUUCAGUUGGAUAUGAUGGAGGCCACAGAAAAUCACUCAUACCACCUGUGACCUUUGAAGUCAAAUCUGAUAUUCUGAGCAUUCCAACCAAAAUGUACCUCAAAGUGGAUGUGGAGAGUGGGAAGGUGUACUUCAAGAAGUCCAAAGAUGGAUCUGAGGACAAGUACUAUGUGCACAACAAAAUCUUGCAGCUGGUGAAGUCGCAGAAGGUCCACAAUAAGCUGGUGAUAAUGGUGGAGACAGAGAAGGAGAAGACUGUGAGGAAGGAGUACGUCUUUGAUGAUUCAAAGAAAAGAGAGGGAUUUUGCCAGCUCUUACAGCAGAUGAAGAAUAAACACUCUGACAAACCAGAGCCUGAUAUGAUCACCAUCUUCAUAGGCACCUGGAACAUGGGAAAUGCUGGUCCCCCGCACAACAUUACUUCAUGGUUCCAGUCGAAGGGCCAGGGGAAGACCCGGGAUGACACUGCAGAUCACAUACCCCACGACAUCUAUGUGAUCGGAACUCAGGAGGACCCCCUUGGAGAGAGGGAGUGGAUUGAUAUCAUCAAGAGCUCUCUGAGGGACAUCACCACCAUCAGCUUCAAACAAGUAGCCAUUCAUACACUGUGGAACAUUCGCAUUGUUGUUCUGGCGAAACCAGAGCAUGAGAACCGUAUUUCACACAUCUUCUCGGACAGUGUCAAAACUGGAAUCGCCAAUACUCUGGGAAAUAAAGGCGCAGUCGGUGUGUCUUUUAUGUUCAACGGUACAUCCUUCGGAUUUGUCAACAGUCAUCUGACUUCUGGGAGUGAAAAGAAGCUUAGGCGGAACCAGAACUACAUCAGUAUUCUACGCUUCUUGAACCUUGGAGAUAAGAAGCUAAAUCCAUUUGACAUCACACAUCGGUUCACACACCUCUUCUGGUUGGGUGAUCUGAAUUAUCGCAUUGACUUUCCUUCAGCGGAAGCAGAGAACAUUGUGGGAAAGAUCAAGCAGCAGCAGUAUCAGGACCUCCUCUGCCGUGACCAGCUCAGCAUGGAGAGGGCAGAAGGGAAGGUCUUCUUAGACUAUGAGGAAGAAGAGAUAACAUUCGCCCCCACAUAUCGUUUUGAGAGAGACACACGUGAAAAGUAUGCCUACACGAAAGCCAAAGCCACGGGGACUAAAUAUAACCUUCCUUCCUGGUGUGACCGUGUUCUGCGCAAGUCCUACCCCCUGGUGCACGUUGUUUGUCAGUCUUAUGGGUGCACCAAUGACAUCAUGACAAGCGACCACUCACCUGUGUUUGCAACCUUUGAAGUGGGGGUGACAUCACAGUUUGUCUCUAAAAAUGAUCCAGACAACAUGUCUCAGGGUGGCAUUACAUUUAUGAAUUGCAUGGCCACCCUCAGAACCAAGUCCAAGACCAAGUUCUUCAUUGAGUACCACUCCAGCUGCCUGGAGAGUUGUGUCAAGCGCGAGGGGGAAAACCAAGAGCACAGUGAGGGGUCGAUAAAGGUUCGAUUUGCAGCACCAGUCGAGCUCACUCCCAUUAUCUCAGACCCAGAAUACCUUUUGGAUCAGCACAUCCUUAUCAGCGUGAAGUCCAUUGACAGCGACGAGUCUUAUGGCGAAGGCUGUGUGGCCCUGCGCUUAGCUGAGACCAGCCAGACAGACUUUUACAUCAUGCUGACACACCAUGGGGAACAGACGGGCACAUUGAGUGGGGGUGUUAAACUGCGAACCUCGGGGGGCAAGCAGACAGAGAAGCUGUAUGAUUUCAUCAAAGUGGAAAGGGAUGAUUCUGGAUGUCCCAAGGGCAGAGGCGGAGAAUUCUGCAACAAGCCUGCUCUUCCUCUCCCCACUGACAUCAGUAACCCCAAUUAUAUGGGGGUAGGUUAUAAAGCUGGGAGCCAGACUGAGAAGGGCUGGAGCUACAGCAUGCCCCCAAGGCCGAGCCCCCCUCCGGGGCACACGGGUAAGGACAUGUCCCCUGGUAAUCUCUCCCCCAAGAAGAUGGGUCAUGACCUGGCUGUUCGCAGUCCUUCAGCAAAGGCGUCAGAUCAUGUAACUGAGGAUGGGAAGCCCGCUGAGAUGUUCGACAACCCUCUCUACGGCUCCAUGACCAAGCCCAAGACAGCAGUGCGCGGCAAGGAGCAGGACCCCCAGCGCAAGGACCUGCUGACUCCACCGGAAGCUUUCUUCGCCUUCCCCAAGUCCUCGGAACAGGAGGCUGACCGCCCACCCCCUGUCCCAACACCCCGGAACCGCUCCUUCACCUGCACUGAGGCCAAAACACAGAGCCCCUCCACUCUCCAGCCCACUGGUCUGGCCAAAAAGCCUGUGGUGCCGUCACGCUCUGAAGCGGGCAUGAUGCCAGCCAAUAAGCCUCCUUUGCCAAUGAAGAUCCGUCCAGGGGACCCUCAGCCCAUCAGGCCCAGGGACUAUAGAGACAGCUCUGACCUCCCCAGCAAGGACAGGGUCCCUGCAAGGCCCAACAAGCCCCCCCCUAAAGAUGUGCAUCAUGAAGCAAGUGGAAAGAUGGGACGCCCAGUGAAAUGACAUGGUGUUGCUGGGCAGCCAUCAAAAUGUCAUGUGUCUUCCUUGCCAUCUUGGAGAAAAUAAGUAUGUGUGAUUCCUGUAUAUAAACAAAGACUUAGUAAACCAGAGCACAUCCAUCAACCAAAAAAAGCAAUUUCCCAGUUUUUCUCUUCCAGUAAAUACCUUGUUCAUGCUUUUCUGCUCUAUCAUAGAAUAGUAGCUUGUUUUGCUGAAACUCGGGACCAAAACAUGUUAAACGCGGACAUGUUGUUCAGAUGAAGUUAUAGGGCUGUCAUAAUGUAAAGAGUUUAUGUUUGCCUUGUCCAAUGACUGUGCUUUUCCAUGAAGAUUGCUGCCAUACAUUUUUAAUUGAAUGUAAUAUUUCUACAUAUUUAUGUGAUAUCCAAAACCUGUGAAAAUAAAAAAUGCUUUUCUUUCAUAAUGUGCAGUCAAAUUAGUAACUUUAAUAUUACCCCCAUUUUUAUGCCAAUCCCCUCACUUCUU